AAAGCUUUGCCUUCUACUUUUUGUUGGGACCUGCGAGAGAACAUUAUCUUGCAGAGGUAGUAACGAGGUGUGGGGGGGGGAAAGAAGAAAGAGAAACAAGUCACAAACCAUGGAAAUGUACGAGAUAGCUGUUUAGUCGUCUACAAUGCAAGCGGACGUGCUUUCACCGUGAAUUCAUACGAGGAGGAUUUUGUGUGGUAGCGUUACCCUCCCUCUCCUCCAUCAUGCUGAGUUUCCUGCGCAGGACGCUGGGGCGACGCUCCAUCCGAAAACAUGCAGAGAAAACUCGGUUACGGGAGGCCCAGCGUGCCACGACGCACAUCCCUGCUGCUGGGAAUGCAAAGUCUAUCAUCACCUGCCGUGUAUCCUUACUGGACGGGACAGAUGUCAGCGUUGACCUGCCGAAAAAAGCCAAAGGUGAGGAGCUGUUUGACCAGAUCAUGUACCAUCUGGACAUCAUAGAGAAAGACUACUUCGGACUGCGCUUUAUGGACUCUGCACAAGUGCCGCACUGGCUUGAUGUCACAAAAAGUAUCAAAAAGCAAGUGAAAAUUGGCCCACCAUACUGUCUUCACUUGAGAGUUAAGUUUUACUCCUCAGAACCAAACAACCUGCAUGAGGAGCUUACCAGAUACCUAUUUGUGUUACAGUUAAAGCAAGACAUCCUCAGUGGCAAGCUAGAAUGUCCAUUUGACACAGCGGUGGAGUUGGCUGCCUUUUCGAUACAGGCUGAACUAGGUGAUUGUGACCCAUUAGAGCAUAAUCUGGAAUUGGUAUCAGAAUUUCGCUUCGCCCCCAACCAGACCGAGGACAUGGAGCUAGCGAUAUACAACACAUGGAAGGAAUGCAGAGGUCAGAUGCCAUCCCAAGCUGAAAUUAAUUACCUGAAUAAAGCCAAGUGGCUAGAAAUGUAUGGGGUGGACAUGCAUAUGGUCAAGGCUAGAGAUGGUAAUGAGUACAGUCUGGGUUUGACACCCACUGGAGUUUUAGUGUUUGAAGGAGAAACCAAGAUAGGGCUCUUCUUCUGGCCCAAGAUCACUUGCCUGGAUUUCAAGAAGAGCAAACUGACGCUUGUGGUAGUGGAGGAUGAUGACCAGGGCAAAGAACAGGAGCACACCUUUGUCUUCAGGAUGGACCACCCCAAGGCCUGUAAGCACCUCUGGAAGUGUGCUGUGGAACACCAUGCUUUCUUUAGGCUGAGAGGGCCGGUACAUAAGAACUCGGCACGCUCUGGAUUCAUACGUAUGGGAUCACGCUUCAGAUACAGUGGAAAGACAGAGUAUCAGACAACCAAGGCAAAUAAGGCAAGGCGGUCAUCUUCCUUUGAGAGAAGGCCAAGUCGACGUUACUCCAGAAGAACAAUGCUGAACCGAGGAACAUACCAUCCCCAGGAUGUUCUUUCCUCAGGCAAUGGAGUCAGCUCUAGCAAAGGCAACAAGGCUUCUCCCAGCAGAGGUGCCUGGUCAGCUGUGCCAGUGGUCAGCCCAAUAGCUGCUUCUGCCUGUGCACCGAUGGAAAUCGAAGCUCUACCCAGGAGUCCUGGAGGAGAAAAGAGGAGUCUGCCCAUGGUUGCUGACCUGAUGGAGACGUGCAUUGAUGAUGUCCUCAGGGCUCCUGGCGUUCCCUCCGUGGCAGCUACAGACGAGGCUGGACCAAGCAACGCCUUUGCUACCCCCAGUGUCACCGGGGAAGAUGUUCUCGGCCUCGCUGAAGCAGCAGCUCGUCUGAAGCAGCUGGAGUUGGAGAGCAGUCCGCUUCUUGGUACUCCAAAAAAUAACAUCAAUGUCAAUAUGGUAAUGAAUAAUCAGGAAGAUGUUGUGAAGCUCACAGAGAAGUGUGGUCUGAGCAGUACAGGCAGUAGUCCAGUUGUCACUCCACUGUGCACCCCGGAGGAUCUGAAGAGUAACAUCCUGAAAGCACAAGCCGAGGCUGCUGCCCUCAAGGGAUCUUUGGAGGAACACGUCGUAAUUGUUGGAGAUAAGAACUGUAACUUGCAGGAGGCCUCUGCCAGGUUAAAGGUGCGUACCGGGCGAAUGGGCAGUAACUCGUCUCUGUCCGUUAGUGGUCGCUCUGACAUCCAAGACUCCCGGGACCUGCUCAAGCCAGCCUCACUGGUCUCAUCAGCAGGGACUAGUGUCGAGAGGCUAGCUGAAGAUGGACACCCCUCUGUUCCCAAGAUGCCCUCUGAGUCUGCCAACGAAAGCAUGGCACCAAAGGUUAAAGCAGAGGAAGUUGACGUGCAAAACACCGCCCCACUGUCUGACAACCUGAUUGAUUUCACCGAUCCAACUCCUAUGCUACCACCAGUGCCCAAACCUCUUAUCACACCUCGCUGGAUCAUUCCUACAACUGCUCCUCCUGGCGUCUUUACUAACGGUGUGCUCGACUUUGACCCCCCCGCUAAGGUCCACCCUCUUCUCCCUGCAGAUGGGGGAGCAGCUCUCACCCCAGUUCUCCCCCACCUCGCUCACACACGUAACACGAUCUCUGCCAGCACUGUGGGUCAGCAGCCAGCCUCGGACGAUGGGGCCAAACCCAGAGGUCUCCUGACCACUGAGCUCUGAUGGAGAAAUGAGGAGGAGCCAUCACAACAUUCAAAUCCCCGAUCGCUUCCCCACCUCACCCCCUCACCCAUCCACACACAAGCAAGUUGGGCCAGGUGUGCUGAACACUGAGGGCUAAGCGGAAAGUGGAACCAGGGAAGAGGCAGCUUACAAACACCACUAACUUAAUUUCACCAACACUGACAAACAGAGUGAACAAACUGAACUAAGUACAGUGGAAAAUAUUAGAAACAUGAUUACAGUUUUUCACGAUAACAUGACACAAAGCCUAGUUUUUGUAGAACAGUUAAAACAAACCUUUAGCUCCAGUAUUGCCAUCUUAAGAACACCUAACUUGUGAAUCUCCUGUGCGAGUUCACUGUCAGUGACCUGCAAUUUACUUAAUCCAUCCAGUCGACCAAACCUCAGUCUCUCAUAACACCUAGCACCAUGUCCUUGUAGAGGACAAGUGAUGAAAAUUCUUGUUUUUCAACUUGUUUGCUAUAAAGGGCAAGUUGAGACUGACAAGAGAAUGGCAUGACACUGUAAGGUACGUUGCAUAAAAGCAUGAGGCUUACGACUCCAAGAGUAGGUUGUCUCUUUUAGUGCUGCUUUCCUCCCCCAUUUUUGAAUGUUGCUGUUUUAUCACUGGUUAUUCACACCACUGGAUCUUUGCUACUCUGAGCUUUUGUGUACACGCACAGAUCACACAGCAUGUAGAGCUGCUGAAGUACACUGGAUGAAGGACUAAAAAGAAAAACUUAUAAAAAAGAAACCUAGUGACUAAAAAUGUUGCUUCUAAGAGAUAAAAAGCCCUGGACUCUUAACAUGAUGAAACGUGGAUAUGCUACUGUACUGUCCUUAUAGCACACUACAACCCUUUUUAAAAACCUUGUCGCUAAGACAUGUCAAAGUCGUCUGUUGGCAGCCACUGGAUAUGAAAACUUUACUGGAUUAGUUUUUGCAACACUGGACCUUAAAAUCUUAACCUUUUUUUUUUGCAGUGGAUGACAAUAGAGAUGACUACAUUUCUACAGUUUUUCAACUGAUGUUUUUAUUAUCCUGCUCUUACUUUUUGGAUGUUUUAAUAUUUUGAGAGAAAGAUGACUACACAAUGAUGAAGUUGAAGUUUUACCAUUUUGUCUAAAAUGUGUCCCUGUAUGUUUAUAUUUGAAAUCACUUCCUCUACCUGUGACAGAUUCUCAUUCACACUACUUUUAACUUCUACAGUAUAUUGGCUAGGUAAAUGCAAAAGGCGGCUCAAUUGCUGUUAAAACCUUUUAAGUUAACUAUGACCCCUGAAGGUGGACACCGUUUCCAGGGAUACAGGAUACUUCAAUACCAAGGCAACAGGAUCAUUCUUUUAUUAAAAUGUUUUUUGUUAUUAACAACCUGCACACAGUGCUGUUACAGGAAACGGCACUAAACACACACCAACACAUUUGUAAAAAUGUAAAACAUCAAUUAACAUUAUUGUUACUAUUCUUAAAUGUGUUCACUACCUUGCAGGCCUACACAUUCUAUGUCAUUAUUGCUUUUAGUAUUUUUUUUUUUUUUAAUGCUUUCACUUGUUUAUGUUGCUGGAGAGAAUGCCGUAACAGCCACAGGUUGAGGACCAGUUUAUUUUCUUUACCGUUGUUUCAUCUGUGCAGCCUUGGGCUGAAAAUCUCAUUGUUGAUCGGUCUCAUUUUUUUCUUUUUUUCAUAUAUAUGUAUAGCUUCGGUACUUUCAAUGCUAUCAAAUGUAUAAUUUACACAGAUCGUAUCGUUUUGAACACGUAUCAAAGUCUCAACACUUUUGACAACCUUUUUAUUACCUAACUGGACCAUUUUAGACCAUAGACUGACCUUGUUAUACAGUAGAACAGGGCUCCUGGUAUUAACAUGCUGCAGUUACUACCCUGCCUUAUAGAAAUGAAUGUAUUCAAAUAGUCUCAUCUGAGAAAGCUGGAGAUGCCACAGAAUAAAAAGGUGUACAAGUUGUUAGAUUCUCAAUUGCUGUUAUAGUUUGUAACCGGAGGAAAACCUGUGAAAUAUCUUAAAAUCAGAUUUUAUACAUGUGAAAUUGAGGCCUAAUUCUAAAUUUUAUUUUUGAGUUAUUAAUAAGUAUAACACAUUUUUUUCCAACGUAAGUCUGGACCCUCAUUCAAGUUAUGUCUGUAGAUUUUUCAUUAUGAUGGUGAUUUCAUUCUUGAACAAGGGAAGCUGACUGUUUUACAAUGUCUUCUUAGCAGUGACCGUUAUUUAUACUACUACUCAGUGUAAUUGUUCAAAAUCUUACAUGUUGUCCAAAAGUGUUGUAGCGUACAGUUAUGAUGUAUUGUCAGUAUAAUGGCAUCAGCUGGCUGUAGAUAUGAAGUAGAUUUAUAUAUAUUUUUUGAAAAUUCUGUUGACAGUAUUGUUACUACACACUGAGAAGAUUUCUGCUUUGAGGUGUUUUCUAAUUACAAAAGAAGUAGGAAACUGACUGGAAAAAAAAACAGAUUGUGACGUCUCAAAUGCAAUUUUAUAUAAACUUAUUUUUUUCUGGAAUACCUGAUCAUGAUUCAGUAAAGCUUUGCUACAGUAGGAGUCAAA